AUGACGACACGUCGUGGAAUAUUUUUCAAUUCAAAAUCACGUUCAAUCGAUUCAAAUAUUAUGAUCGAUAAUAAAAAUCAAUCACCACCAAAAACUGAAUUAUCAAAUAAUAUAACAAAUGAUGAUCAAAGUAGUAAUAGUAGUAGUAAUAAUAGUCAAAGUUCACCAUCAAAAUUAACAACAAUAUCAAGUGGAAUAGUUAAAAAAAAAUUAAUAUUAAAAAAUACAAAACGAACUUUAACAAAAACAAUUUAUUCAGGACCAAGAAAAAUUUUUAGUACAAGUUAUAAAGCAAAUCGAGCACAAUUAAAUCAUAAAGCAUUUUUUAGUAGUGAAAUAAAUGAAUAUGAUUUAGAUAAUAAUAAUCAAGAAAUAUCAACUAAUAUAUGUUCAUCACAAUCAAUUGUUGAACAACGUACAAUAUCAAAAACUUCAUUAGUUGUUAAAUCAAAAAGUACAGAUAAUAUUCAUACAGCAACAACAAUUAUUGAAAAUGGUAAAACAAAACUUAUUUGUCCAAGAGAUCAAAAAAAAAUGUAUACAAUUGUACCAAAUAUUCGACAACCAACUACAUGUGAAGAACUUGGUGAAACUCAAAGUUAUAUUGAUGAUAUGGAAUAUCUUUUAGCAGGAUUUCAAAGUGAUAAAUUACUUGCUAGUCGUUGUCUUAGUGCUGUUAAAUUUGCUGAAUUAUGUGUUAAACCAUCAUUUCGUAUGCAUUUACGAACUGAAAGUGCACUUGAACGUGUACUUGAUUUACUAAAAGAUGCACCUGAAGUACCAUGUUUAAAUAUAUGUACAGCUUUUAUUUUAUAUGUUCUAUCAUCAGAUACAUUAACAUCAGGAAUAAAUCUUAGUACAAUACAUUUAAUGAUUGAAUUAGUAAAUAAAAAUCGAUCAAAAAAUUUAAUAAAUGAUGAUGAUGAAUAUAAAAAAAUGAAACAACGUAUAUUAACAAUAAUUAAUCAAUCAUUACAAGAUGAUAUUUUCUAUGAACAACGAUUUGAUACAUGUGAUAUUAUACUUGAAACAUUUGUUAAUAUAUGUCGUAAUAAUAUAAAAGAAUGGUUAAAAAAUGAAGCACGUACAUUACAUAUUUUUGAUUUAAUAAUUGAUGCUAUUAAUUCAAUUGUACAAGAUUUAUCAAAUAAUGAUUUUGAAUGUUAUUCAUUAUCAGAAAUAUUAAUACGUUAUCGUAAAGUUUGUCGUUAUAUAAAUAUGUUAGAAGAAUUUAUUAAUGAUCAUUCAGAACAAAUAUCAACAAAUAUUGAUAUUAAUCGAAUAUAUAUUGUACAAUAUAAUCAAUAUUUAUUAUUUCAUUCAUUAUCAAAAUUACUCGAUCUUUCACUUGUUUGGUUUAAACAAUAUUCAUCAACGAAUGAUCAUAAUAAUAAAAUAACUACAACAUCAAAUAUAAAAACAGAUAAUACAAAAUGUUCAGAUACAUAUGAUAUAUUUCGAGAUGGAUGUAAAACUAUUAUGUCAAUAUUUGCUAGUUUAACAAAUGAUUGUGAAUCUCAUUGUGAUCGUUUAACAUCUGAUGAUCGUUUUUUUUCAAAUUUAUUUCGUCUUUUGGUUACUAUUGAACAAAGUUCAUUACCUAAUGAAGAUAAAUUUGAUUCAAUUGCUUUGACACUUAAUUUAUUAAUUAAUUUAGUACAAAAUACUAAAAAUGUUUAUAAACAUUUAAUGGAAGAUAAUAUGCCUGGUGGAAGUUCAAAAAAAAUCUAUGAAUAUCUUGCUAAUUUAUUUUGUGAACAAGAAUCUUUAGCAGCUAAAGCUGAAUCUCAUGAAGAAAAUGAUUGGAUGAUGGAAGAUGCUGAUAAUGAUUUAGAUCAACGUUUAGGUAUACAAAAUCCAAAAAAUAAUAAUAAUGAAAAUGAAGCAAAUUUUAAUCGUGCUCUACAAAAAGCAGCUGGUCAUAUGGAAAAUACAUUUGUUGCUGCAUUUACUGGUAUUAUUUUAGGUGUUGUUCUAUUACGUGAUUGUACAACAUAUGCAUCACAAAUACGAGUAUUAAUGCCACAAAAAAAAUUUGAUACAAUGGCAUUUAUUUUAAAGAAAUUUACUGUUUUUAUGCAAAUGUCGCAUGCCUUUACACCAUCUGGCGUAAAAAUUCUUCAAGAAAUUAUUUCUAUGGUCUUGUCAUUAUGUGAAUAA